AUGCCACCAAGGAGAAAUACUCAUAAUAGUCAUUGCAUUUAGGAAUUCUUUGGUAAUGGAACUAAGAAACAUAAGAAAGAAAUAAAAUAGAUACAAAAACAAUUUAAGAAGUGUCCAUAACUUGGAUAAGUUGGAUCAUAAUUAAGAAGAGUAUUGCAAUAAUACAGAGAAGAAAUAAUGAGAGAGUUUAAUUAUGGAGAUUUAUUUAAGCAAAUAAGUGAGAUAUCGAAAUUGGAGUAAAUAGGAGGAAUGUUAAACUCAAUUUUGUAUUUAAAUGUUAGUAAAGUGUCAGACUAUUGGAGUGAUAUAUAUACUCCUGAUCAUGUUGAUGAUGUAAAUAGUUAUCUAAAUUAGUUGCUUAGUAAACAUAAUAUAUAGAUUUUGAAAAAUUGGCUCAAGAGUUCAUUUUCAAUACUAAGGUAAGACUAAGUUGAGGAUUCUGAUUCAUGGGGUUCUCAAUCAAAUUCAAUCAACAAUUAAAAUUGGAAUUAUUAAAUGCUCAACAUUUAUGGAACAAGUGGUAAAAUGAGUACUAUAGUUGCUAUUGCUCGAACAUAUAAUAUUGAAGUCAUUCUCACUUAUGAGUAUACUGAAAAGAAAGAAUUUGAAGAGAUGUUAGCUAGUCAACAUAUUAAAUUCAAACCAGAAUAGCAAAAAAGUGAAUUUGGAAUCAAAAAGAAAAUUAUUAUCCAUAGAGGCCCUUUGCCUAAAUUUAUAAAUUAAAAAUUUCUACAUAUAUAAAGAGUCCCUUUUAUUUGGAUUACAGGUAUUUCUAUAUUUAACUUUAAUAUUAGAUUCAAAUUAAAACCAUGAAUUGUUUGAUGCUUUUGAAUUACUCCAAUAUCAGCAUAUGGAAAUAGUUAAAUACUUCUAUUUAAUUCUUAUAAUCGAAUAUAAUUAUAGGGAUUAAUUGGAUUCUAUUAACACAGAAUUUAAAACAAAGGUCAUUUACGAAAAUUUGUAAGAAAAACCCAUAUUUGGAGAUUUCUAUAAUAAUUUCUAAAUAAUCAAACCUAAAAUUAAAACAAAAGAUUUAAAUAUAAAGUUUGAUCUCUCAGAGAUCAGUAUGAUUACCUUGUAUAUGAAAGGGAAUGUAAGGAGCAUUUUAAAUUGGCUACAAUUCCAUCAUAAGGAUCAAUUUAUAUAUACAUUGAUUAAGCAAAUGAAAUUAGAUCAAACUCAUUUACAAUACAUGCUUAAAAAUCAUUUACCCAUCUUUAAGAGUGAUUAGUUUGAUAAUUAGUUUAAUUUAAAUGCUUAAUAAUGGUUUGAUUAACAAUGUAUUGAAUUAGUGGAUGAUAUAGUUCAAAAUAGGAAAAAUAUCUUAAAAAAUAAUUAUUCAAAAAGAUCUUUUAAAUUCAAUAUAAAUUCAUUCCUAGUAAAUUAUGUUCUUAAGGUAAUGUAGUGAUUAAUAUAAUAUAGAUAAAUGCAAUAAAUACAUAAUAAUAUACUUCCAGUACAAGAUAACGAAGAUUGAAUAAAGAGCCAAAAGAUAUUUAUAAACCACUUUAACAAUUCUUCAAAGAUGAAGAAGAGUAUGAGUAGUUUAAAUAAUUUGACAAAUCUUUUGCAUUUUUGGUGAACUGA